CUUCCUCCCUCAUAAAAAUCUAGGGUUUUCGUUUUCUUCCAAUUGUUUGAACCUUUAAACCUUUUUUUUUUAAAGAAAAAUCUUUUUUCUUUCGAAAUGCCAGACCUUGGAAAUCUUUCUCACUCUUCAUCUCUAUCUCUCUCUCGUUGCCCUCACCUGAAACUUCUCUCCAUUGACUCUGCCGAUUCCGCCAAUGCUUUUGACCCUGGCGCCAUCAAAACCCUAGCCUUAAACUGCGGUUGGGCCCAGGGAUUGGUCCGAAAAGGCGCUGACUGCAAUGGGAAUGGAAUUAGGGGUUUGAAGCGAGUGAAGAAGGGGUCUAAUGGUAAGGUUUUGGGGGAUUAUUUGAGGGAUUGGGUUCAGAGUAAGAUGGAAUCUGGUAUUCCUGAGUCCGGGUGUGUUCUUCCAUUUCUCGUUGGGGCUAAGAAAUCGGUUGAAUGUCUCCAUUGCUAUAAGCUCAUCUAUCCAGGGGAGGAGGUAUUAUGCUCAGUUCGUGGUUGUCAAGGAGUUUAUCACGAAAUAUGUGCCAAAGAAAGUUUUAGGAUGUCUAAUCCAAAAAAGUUCCAGUGUCCACAGCAUGUAUGCUUCGUUUGCAGACAGAGAACACAAUGGCGAUGUGUAUGUUGUUCAAUGGCGUCUCAUAAUAAGUGUGCCCCGUGGCCAGAUGCAGUGACUCAUUUGGAGGACAAACCGGGGAGAGCAAUUUGUUGGAGGCAUCCAACUAAUUGGCGGCUGGACAAGAAGCAUGCAGUUCCAGCAACUGAAAUAGAGGAAAUUUUCUGUCAAUUGCCUUUACCUUACAAGGAUGAGGAGUUCAAGCUUGACUUGACAUGGAGAGAUUUAAUGGAGAAUAAAUUGGAGCCACCUCCAUAUGUCCACAUCAAGCGCAAUGUCUACCUAGUGAAGAAAAAGCGUGAUGAUGCUGAUGAUGAUAUUGGAUGCACAAGUUGUAGUUCCGAUUGCUCCGAGGAUUGUGUAUGCAGAGUUCAAUGCAUAAGCUGCUCAAAGGCUUGCCGCUGCCCUGAAACUUGCACCAACAGGCCAUUUCGCAAGGAGAAAAAGAUCAGAAUUGUCAAGACUGAACUUUGUGGUUGGGGUGUAGAGGCCGCUGAACCUAUUAAUAAAGGAGAUUUUGUAAUUGAGUAUAUUGGGGAAGUAAUUGAUGAUGCUCAGUGCGAAAAGAGGCUUUGGGACAUGAAGUACAAGGGGGUGAAGAACUUUUACAUGUGUGAAAUUCGGAAAGACUUCACAAUAGAUGCAACUUUUAAAGGGAACACAUCUCGUUUUUUAAACCACAGCUGUGAUCCGAACUGUGUUUUGGAGAAGUGGCAAGUUGAAGGGGAAACACGUGUGGGGGUGUUCGCUGCUCGAUCAAUUGAAGUUGGCGAGCCACUGACAUAUGACUACAGGUUUGUGCAAUUUGGACCCGAAGUGAAGUGCUAUUGUGGUUCUUCAAAUUGUCAAGGUUAUCUUGGGACCAAAAGAAAGAUUGUUAAAUUGGAUCUUUCCUGGGGCUCAAAACGCAGGAGAUCUUCAGCUGCUUGCUUAGCCAUCAUAACUGUAUAAUUUGUAUCAGUUGCCUGUUUAGACUGGCUGGUUUGUUGUAAAUUAGUCUUACCAGGCUAGAAUGGGUGAAAAAAAAAUUGAAAAGAAGAAAAUGAAAGAACCAAGAUGAGUCAAGCUUCAACAUUGUUGAAAAAAAAGUAUUUUUCUCACAUAAACAUUUCCAAAAUCCCCUUUCAAUUGGCUUUGAUGUAAUACUACUGUAAGGAAGCCUAGCUCCCCAUGUUGGGUUGCUCAUCUGAAUGCAGAGUUGGAUCUUGGUCACAUUGGCUGAGAAAAAUGAAAAUGGCUUGUCAGAGGCAUUCAACUGUCUUAAUUGUGGUUUUCAUGUUU